CCAGUUACCUGCAUGAACUCUGAGCACAUUGUCCCUUCAACCUUCAAUUUCAUCUCAAAAGACAAACAACAAUAGAAUCAAUCAGCCAACAGGAAUAUAUUACAGAUAAAUAAAAUUCAAAAUGCCCACACUUUCUACCUUUAAAUUUACAAUUAUUCCACCUCCACCACUUUCAAUUCCGAGAUUAAUUUCCUCUGCAAGCGCUUCAAUUUUCCGAAAAUCCCCAGCUUAUCCCCAUUAUCUCUCCUCAAUUUCCAGUUCAAGGAAAACCCUAAUUCACUGCAAAUCAUCGGAAGAAGAAGCGAAUGUUUCAAAAGCAGAGGAUGAAUGGAUGCAGAAGUUACCAGACAAAAAGAAGGCGUUGUAUUCCCACAGUUUGCCUUGUGUAGAAGCAUGGCUGAAAAGUCUAGGGUUUUACCAAAGCAGAGAUGAUAGAGCUGUUUGGUUUGUGGAGAAGCCUGACUGGCAGGCGCAUCUUUCACUUGAUGUCACUGAUUUGUACAUAAGGUAUCUAAAGAGUGGAGCAGGCAGUCUUGAAAAAGAUAUGGAACGGAGAUUCAGUUAUGCGCUGAGUAGAGAAGAUAUCGAAAACGCCAUUCUUGGUGGACCUUGAGCCUCGUAUCCAGUUAGUACUAAAUCUUCGAGUCUCGGUUUUUCUAUGACCGGUUGAGUGAGAGCUCUAAAUUACCUUGUGUUUAAAAUUGUUGUUUUAUUACUAGAAUACUCAUGUAUAAUCAUCUAAAUAGGCAACUUAUAUUAUUAUUAUUAUUAUUAUUAUUAUUAUUAUUUUCGUUUAUA